GCUGCUCCGCCUCCAAGGCGUUGUGGAAGAAAGGAUCACCCACAAUCGGGAGGUUGCACUAAAAGGCGAUAAACAAGCAUCAAUGUAUGUAUUUUAUAGACCGCUGAGAAAGAAAAGUGCGACCGUGCCAGCUGAGCUUCUGUGAGGCGGGAUUUUGGGGCUGGGACUGUGUAAAUGCGUCGCCCCGUUAUGCGCUCAGGAGCAACGUCAAAGAAAUCAGAUUCCUCUGGGCGACUUGUGUUUACACAGGAGCCAUCCAAAGCCACGUUUUAGCAAGCAAGCAAGCCUGGCUGGGACAGUACAGUACAGGACUGUUGAGCGUUUGACUCACUGCCCAUGCAAACAGUGGAGGAACAGAGCAAGGGAGCAAACUACAAAUACACAACCAUAUACAAGUAAAUUGACUUGAAAUCCUUGAGGGGAAACAGUCCAUCGUGGAGAGAAUCUGGAGAGGUUUGGAUAACAUGGAGUGUUGUAGCUGAUCCACAGGGCGAGCACAUGUUGUGCACGUAGCUAAUCGCUUCGUUGUAUGAACUUUCACUGUGGAUGUGGACAUGGAAACUGUUGCAAACUAACCACAACUACGCACGACCUUGGUUGCAAGGAAUGGUACAUCGGUAUUGUUUUUUGAAGUAGUCUUUAGUCCCGCAAAAGCUGUCAACGAGCCUCGGCCGAAAGUCUGCUGGGUCGACAUGGAGAGUCAGGAUGAGAAGGAGAACAACCCCCCGAAGUCGGACAGGAGGUUCGCGCUGACUUACAUCGGCUGGUCCUCGCUGGACAGGCGGACCACCCUGCCCAUGCUGCCGUGGCUGGUGGCUGAGAUCCGCAGGAGGAGCGAGAAAGGCGACUGCGGCCCCGCGGUGCAGCCGAGGGAAGUUCAGCUGGUCCUCAACCCCCACUUCGUCCGAUGUGUCCCCUCCAGCAGCAACAACUCUUCAGUUUUCAUAUUCGAGCACAAAGCACAGCUCAUCUCUCGCUUCAUUCACAACAGCAAUGACCUUACCUAUUUUGCCUAUCUCCUGCGGGGUCAGCCUGACAACCCCGAGUCCGAGAUGUCCUGUCACGUCUUCAAGGCCUGCGACCCCAACCAGGUCCCUGAAGUGGUCAGCAGCAUUCGCCAAGUGUCCAAAUCCGCCCUAAAGGAAGAUGCCAGGCCCAAACAGGAAGCUGACGAGGCCUUCUAUAACUCCCAGAAGUUUGAAGUGCUUUACUGUGGCAAGGUGACGGUCGGGCACAAGAAGGCUCCAUCCACCCUCAUUGAUGAUUGCAUCGAUAAGUUUCGUCAGCAUGAGGUGGAGCGCAAGCGCCUGCGCCUGCUGAACGGUCAGCGAGGGUCCACGGAGAACGCCCCUGUAGAGUUCCUCAUCGGGGAAGAAGCAGACCCACUCUCCUCUGUUCUGAAUGAGAGGAUGGAAGACCCAGAAGUUCCUGGAGUGGAGGACGUGACCAGAGGUGGAGGUAAAAGCCUCUCCAAUAGUGCCAGUCAGAGCAGCCUGCGAGGAGCGUUCCCCGAGUGCAUCCUGGAGGACUCUGGAUUUGAGGAGCCUCAGGAAUUUCGCACGCGCUGCAGCAGCCUGGCAGGGAGUCUGCAGAAGAAGCCAGGGGAAGGCGUCAUCAAGGGCCCCACACGCCGCAGACAUGCCAGCGCACCAAACCACGUUCAGCCGUCUGAUGCAGACAAGAACCGCACCAUGCUCUUCCAGGUGGGGCGUUUUGAAGUAAACCUCAUAAGUCCAGACAGUAAAACAGUGGUGCUGGAGAAGAACUUCAAAGAUAUCUCAUCCUGCUGUCAGGGCAUCAAGCAGACCGACCAUUUUGGUUUCAUCUGUCGGGACCAAUCGGAGCCUGGUCCCAGUCAGUAUUGUUGCUACGUGUUCCAGUGUGCCAGUGAGUCCCUGGUAGAUGAGGUGAUGCUGACGCUGAAGCAGGCCUUCACUACAGCAGCAGCCUUACAAAGCAACAAAACCCAGGUCCAGCUAUGUGAAGCCUGCCCAAUGCAUGACCUGCACAAGCUCUGCGAGCGGAUUGAAGGUCUCUAUCCACCCAGAGCGAAGCUAGCCAUCCAAAAAUAUCUCUCCCAGCUGACUGACAAUGAGCAGGCGGAGAUUUUUGAGCGAGUUCAGAGGCUGAAGUCCGAGUCAGACCAAGAGGAGAACGAGCUGGUGAUUCUCCAUCUGAGACACCUUUGUGAAACCAAACAAAAGUCCCACCUUCACAUUGGAGAAGCCCCUCAGAAUGCAGCAAACAGCUCGGCAGCAGCAGACGGCGCCGCCACCAGCAGUCGCUUCAAACUUGAUAUUCUGAAGAAUAAAGCACGCACCUCCCUCACCAGCUCGCUAGAGAACAUCUUUGCAAGGGGUGCCAGCCGAAUGCGGGGCCGCCUGGGAAGCAUGGGAAGCAUUGGCAGUUUUGAAAGACAGGAUGAGGAAUCCCCUGGUCACUCCCCUCCGGGUUCCCCUCCCGCUUUCCCCGAUGACGACCCGGAAGGCGGCCUGCAGUUCCGUCGGCGUGCCCACACCUUCAGCCACCCACCUGUGAAGAAACGCAUCUCCUUCGAGGGUCAGCCGGCCAGCGUCAGCAAACAGGCACCGCUGCGCAGACAGCAGUCUGUUAACCCAGAGCUUCUGCAGAGCAGUCCCGUGGCGGUCUUGAGAAAGCGCAGCGUUUCGGAGAGCGAGUCCUCCUUCAGCCUCCCCUCCUCCUUCUCCGCUCCCACUUUCCUGAAAAGCUUUUACCAGGGCUCCCUGGGCUCCCUGGCGGACAGUGGGAGUUUCAAGAGCAAUGGGGAAGGCAGGAAGAGGACCCUGUCUGGGUGCAGCAGUGACUCAGUGAGUGGAGGUCUCCCUCCGACCCCACGCAGGGUCUCCUGGAGACAGAAGAUCUUCCUGAGAGUCGCUUCGCCGAUGAAUAAGCCGUCCGCAUCCAUGCAGCACCCAGAUCACUCUGAUGCAAGGGAGCUGCUGCCUCUCUCUCCUCGCUCCUCGGACUCAAGUCUGGACCCUUUCGGGCGUCUGCUGUCGCCGACGGGUGACCCCCUGUCUGGGGGGAGGCCUAAGAAGAAGGGGGCUGACUACCGGUCCCUAUGGAAGACUGCCAUCCACCAGCAGAUCCUGCUGCUGCGCAUGGAGAAGGAGAACCAGAGGCUGGAGGCGAGCAGAGAUGAGCUGCACAUCCGCAAGAUGAAGCUCAACUACCAGGAAGUGGGCCAGUGCUCCAAAGACGCGCAGGCAUUGUGGGAGAGAAAACUGACCGCCCCAGGCAGAACGACAGUCCCACAAGACAAGGAGGAGAUAUACCGCGCACUCUGCCAAGGUGUUCCCAAGAGCAGGCGCGGGGAGGUCUGGUUGCUCCUUUCCCAUCAGCACCGGCUGCGUCAAAGGCUGCCCCAGCGCCAGCAUGCCCCGGACACCCCCUACCAUGACCUGCUGAAGCAGCUCACCGCACAGCAGCACGCUAUUCUGGUGGAUCUAGGCCGGACCUUCCCCACCCACCAGUACUUCUCAGCCCAGCUGGGUGCAGGGCAGCUUUCCCUUUACAACCUCCUCAAAGCCUACUCUCUGCUGGAUACAGAGGUUGGCUACUGCCAGGGUAUCAGCUUCGUGGCUGGAGUGCUGCUCCUGCACAUGAGCGAGGAACAGGCCUUUGACAUGCUGAAGUUCCUGAUGUAUGACCUCGGCAUCAGGCGGCAGUACAGACCUGACAUGGUGUCUUUGCAGGUUCAGAUGUACCAGCUCUCCAGACUGUUACACGACUACCACCGCGAGUUGUACAAUCACUUCGAGGAGCACGAGAUCUGCCCGAGCCUCUACGCAGCGCCGUGGUUCCUCACCCUCUUCGCUUCGCAGUUCCCUCUCGGCUUCGUGUCUCGCAUCUUUGAUUUUGUAUUUGCCCAGGGGACGGAAGUGAUCUUUAAAGUGGCCCUCUGUCUGCUGAGCAGCCAUGAGGGGGAGAUAGUGGAGUGUGACAGCUUUGAGAGCAUUGUGGACUAUCUGAAAACUACACUUCCCACUCUCACUCAGACACAAAUGGAGCAGACCAUUGCCAAGGUAAUGGAGAUGGACAUCUCCAAGCAGCUGCAUGCCUAUGAGGUGGAGUACCACGUCCUUCAGGAUGAGAUGUUGGAUGCCGGACCGUUGCCUGACGACUCGGACCGGCUCGACAGACUAGAGAAGACAAACGUGCAGUUGAAGAAACAGAACAUGGACCUGCUGGAAAAACUUCAGGCUGCACGGCAGAAGAUUCAGACGCUGGAGACGAGCGUGGAGAACUUCCUUUCUCGGGAGAGCAAAAUGAAGCACAUGAUUCGCUCUCUGGAGCAGGAGAGGGCAGCUUACCAGAAGACCAUUGAACGCAUGCGCUCGUGCCUUCCCCCUGACACCCUGACAGAUGUGGAGAUGACCCAGAUCAAAACAGGACCCAACGGGAAAGCCAAAACUGCAGCCAAGAAGCCCUGAUGGCAACCGGGGGGGGGGGGGGGGGGG